AUGGCAGAUGCAGGGAACCAAACAGCAGUGGCCGAAUUUAUUUUACUGGGUUUCUCUGAGCACCCGCAGGUGCAGCUGAUCCUGUUUGUUGCCUUCGCCUCCGCCUACACCUUGGCCCUGCUGGGGAACGUCUCCAUCAUCACGGUCAUCUGCACGCAGCCAGGCCUCCACACCCCCAUGUACUUCUUCCUGCUCAACCUCUCCCUGCUGGACCUCGGCUGCGUGACCUCCGUCGUACCCCAGCUGCUGAGGAACCUGCUGGCCCGGACCAAGGGCAUCUCCUUCCAAGGCUGCCUGGCACAGAUGUACUUCUUCACCGCCUUCCUGGCCACGGAGCUGCUGCUGCUGACCAGCAUGGCUUUCGACCGCUACGUGGCCAUCUGCCACCCCCUGCGCUACUCCCUCCUCAUGAGCUGGAAGACCUGCUGCCGCGUGGCAGUCAGCGUGUGGGCCUCGGGCUUCCUUGUCUCGCUGCCGCAUACCCUCUCCUUGCUCCGCUUGUCCUUCUGCGGGCCCAACAUCAUCAACCACUUCUUCUGUGAGCUGCCCCCGCUGCUUCAGCUCUCCUGCAGUGACACUGGCAGCAACCAGAUCUUGGCCCUGGUGACCGACAUGUUCCUGGGCCUGGGCUGCUUCCUCCUCACCCUCCUCUCCUACGUCUACAUUGUCUCCUCUAUCCUCAAAAUCCGCUCCGCUGCCGGCAAGCGCAAGGCCUUCUCCACCUGCUCCUCCCACGUCAUGGUGGUGACUCUCUUUUACAGCACGGUGUUCUACACCUACGUCCGGCCCCCCUCCGCCUACCUGGACCGGGACAAAGCUGUGGCCACCUUGUACACCAUGGUCACGCCCCUCAUCAACCCCCUCCUCUACAGCCUGCGCAACAAGGAGGUGAAGGACGCCUUUAGGAAGCUCCUGGGUGGAAACCGAGGCUGA